GAUGAAGAUGAGCUUAAUCGCCUUGACCUGAUGGAUUGCUUGAUCACAACAGCAUUGGACGGGCAGCUACACAUAGCUCCAAUUGAGUCAAAUCCGCAGCGUAUCUUGGACCUAGGUUGCGGCACAGGAAAAUGGUGCAUUAAUAUGGGAGAUAUCUACCCUAGUGCCGAGGUCAUAGGAAUCGAUCUGAGUCCCUCCCAACCCAUGAUGGUGCCUCCCAAUGUAUGCUUUGAACUCGAUGAUAUCGAAGAUGACUGGGCCUUUGGCUUCCAAUUUGACUACAUCCACGCACGGUACAUGAUUGGGACGAUAUAUGACAGGUCGAGACUCGUACAGCAAUGUUAUGAAUCUGGCGGAUGGGUUGAGUUCCAAGAUAUGAGUCACUAUGGGAGCGCCCCCAAUAUUUGCAAACCAUCAAGCAGGCAUUCGCUAAAGCGGGUUGAUGGCUGCCAUAAAGCUUUGGGAUCGGGGAGUGCAAUCCAUAACCCUGGAUCUUUCUUGAUGAACCGCAUGCACGAAGCAGGUUUUGUCAACAUUCGCAUGGAGAGAAAGCUUCUUCCUCUAGGUAACUGGAGCGAGAAUUCUUCAUUGACACCGGUCAGUGGAGGUGACAAUCAUCCAGGGGCUGACAGGAAACACUUUGCAAACAGCUUAAGCUGGUGUGGUCUCGAAUCUGAAGGGUUUCAAAACCUUGAUUCAAAUACUCCGAUUGAAUUUCAUCUGGUCUAUGGUCAGAAACGCUGA